AUGUAUUGUAUAAACCCAGAUGUAGUUCUCGAACAGAUGAUCGAUGCUCUGAGUCGUCCCUUCUUCCACCUACAUAAGAGUCGGAUCUCACGUACAUUUUCUCAGGAUAGUAUACGUAACAUGUCAGAAAUAGUUUCCAAGAAGCGCUCAAGGCUCCCAGAAGAGGGAGUCGACAAGGAGAACGCGACCCCAACUGCCCAGCGCUCGUCCAGCAAGAAACAACGCGUCGUCGUCUCCAGUGCACAACCCGACGCGCCCUCUAAACCCACCCCAGAUCCCUACUACACUCACCCCCCUCCCUCAACCCCAGUAAUCUCUCUCAUCUUCCAGCUGCACAAAUUCAAAGGCGUCUACCGGAUCGUCGAAGUACCCUUGAACUACACCUUCGCGAACCUGCACACGCUCGUGCAGUAUAUCUUCGGAUGGCAGGGGAACCACUCGCACCGCACGCGCGUGUACACGAACGUGGAGAUGUAUAAGUCCCUCGGGCGCGAGAACUGGAUCAAGAGCUUCGGCCAGGCGCCGCCGUGCCCGGAGGAGUGGUACACGGAGACGAUGGACGAAGACACGCGCGCGUCGGUCCGAUAUUGGUUCGAGCGCCAACAUGAGGAUGCGGCAAUCUAUGAGGUUGUCGCGGUGGGCAAGGAUACAAAAAGCAGGGGCCCGUUCAUGGAUUAUGACUGGCACUACAAGGUGCAGGAUCACGAGCUUACGCUCGGCGAGAUCUGGAAUGAGGACGAGGAUCUGAAUUUCAGCGCUGGAAGCUGGAAGAACCGCGAAAUUGGGAUCGUCUAUGAGUACGAAAUUGGAUGCCCAUGGAGGGUUGAUAUUACUGUGGAGGGAUUUGGCACCCGCGAGAACGCGAGUAAUGGCAUCUACUUCAAGACUGCUAAAGGAGCUCCUCCUGUUGAACAGAAGUACGAAUGGGACUCUGACCAUCCCGACGGAGCCAAGAAAACCAUCUCCGAUCUCCUCUUCGACUCCGCCAACUGGAAGCGCUACUGCAAGAAGCAAAUCGGAACGCGCGCGCGCCGUGACGAGCUCGUCGUCUACGUACGCCAGAAAGGAGCUAUGACCGACGAGCAGGUGAAGGCAAAGCAAGCCGAGCUCGAGAAGACUGCGAAGCCGAUCCGUAAGCAACGCGAUAAGGACGAGAGGCAGCGUCUCAAAGAGAUGCGUGCCCGGCUCAAGGAAGAGCGAGGCAAGGAGAGUGGAGCGGGAAGAGCAGGAGGACUAUUUCUCUGGUAA